AAACUCAAGUGUAACUGUUAAUUCAUAUAUCUUUACGUGUAUUUCUGUUUUACUUUCCAAGAUGAUUGUAAUUCGGAGAGAGUACCUUUGAGGAAAAAAGAAAUUGGAGGUGCUCAUAUUUGCAAUGAGCUACAUGAAUCACAACGCAGUAUUGACGAUUUGGCUCACAGAAAUGGCUCCAAAUAUUCGGAAACAAAAGCAUAUCAGGCUGUAAAGGAAGCGAUAACCUGUAAUCAGUGCGUGUUGGUUAUUGGUGAAGCAGGCUGCGGGAAAUCGAUAACAGUCAAAUAUGUGGCUGAAAAUUUUAUUCAGCACCAAAAUGAUUAUAUUUUAGAAACAGUAACUAGCUUCAGUGAAAUAGACCCAAAUUUAAGCCAAAAAACACUGUACAUUUUUUAUGACGUAUUUGGAAUUUUCAACUGUGACAAUUCAUUUAUUGAUGUCUUGGACCAUUACAGAGAUAUUGAGUUGUUAUUGAAACGUAAACAUUCAAAACUUAUUAUGACGAGCAGAAGUUCCGUGUACAAGAAAUUGGAAAAAUUUAAUUUUUCCGUCGUAGCUAGUGUCAUUGAUUUAAAUAGUGAAUUACUUUCACUAAGCGACCAUGAAAAGAAAAAUAUAUAUGAAAAAAUUUGCUGUCCGGCCUUCGCUGAACAUUUGACAACGGCGGUGAAAUGUAAACACGCGUCUUUUCCACUUCUUUGUGAACUAUUUUUUGAUUUCCCUGAAUUGCAAGAAUCACCGAGCCGCUUAUUUGAGAACCCUGUCGAAGCAUUUCUUAUUUUACUUAAUACUUUAAAAAAGUGCAAACUUCUUACAUACCGUUUGCUUGUGUGUGUUGCAUUGCAUGACAAAAUCGACUGUCCACUUGAUAGUAAAGAAAACAAUCACAGAAAACUGAAAUUAGCACUGCAAGCAUUCCAGCCUGAGUGCAAUAUAAAAAUGACAAAAGAAGAGCUUGUUGAAGAGUUUAAAGAAUUUGUCAAGGAAACAAAAUGGUUGAAAAAACUCAAGGAAUCUAAUUUUUACACUUUUCAGCAUAAGUUUGUGCAUGAAAUAGUGGCGCAUCAUUACGGAAAAAAUCAUAUAGAUGGUUUAUUGACAGAAAUGGGUUCGAAUUUUGUUGCAGAGAAGAUAAGGCUGGAUGAUGAAAGUGAAAGAAACGCCGAUGAAUUAUUUCUUGAUGUAAAUGCUUCAAAGCUUGCAAACAGAUUGUUUCAUGACAUUCAUUAUCAUAUCAAUUACUUUCAGGUUUUUACAAAUAAUUGUUGGAAAAAUAUAUCCUUUUGCGACGCUUUUCAGUCCGAAUUGCAAGGAAAAGAUAAAUCAGUCAUUGACGACUUGUUUUGGAAAUGCCAAAACAUAAAACGUUCUACACGUUUAUUAUCCAAUAGGACGGACAAAAAAUACAUUUCUCUUAAAAAUGAUGAUUCCGAAUGGUUUCGUCACAAACUUCUCGAAAUUCGAACAGAAACUAUUAGUAAAAAUAGAAUUGAGUAUGAACUUAAAAUCAAGGCUGUCAGCUGGGUUUUUGGUUAUGGUAUCCAUCAAAUUUUUCCAAGUCUACUCACUGAUCAAAUGAAUGCUAAGAAAAUGACACACAGAUGGGAAAUAGACUCAUCUGAAAUGAUAAGGUUUUUAAUGCUGGCAAUUUUUAGUAAAAGCAUAAAAUGCUUUGAGAGAGCAUUAGAUCUUGCAAAUUUUAAAAAUUUGAGUAAAAUAUGCAUAUCCAAUAAUAUGGAAUGCGAUAUGAGACAUAAGCAUAACAAUUUCACACCCCUGACAGCAGCCUGCUAUACAGGUUUUUCUAAAGCAAUCGCAGAACUCGUCAAUAAAGGGUCAGAUGUAAAUUAUAUGGACAAAAAUGGAAGCACACCAUUAGUUUUGGCUUGUCGAUUUGCAUCGUUUUCCGACACUACGUUUCUAAUAGACAAGGGAGCAAAAUUAUGUUGUACCUCUGGAAAUGGUGUAUCACCACUUAUUGCUGCUGUAAUGGGAAAAAAUGUCGAAUUGGUUGCUUUUCUUCUGAAGCGCACCCAUCGAUCAACGAACCUGACAUAG